GGAAGUAAGAGGUGUUGAUAGUAAACAAGAGCCCGACUGGGGAGAAAACGUUUAUGCAAACUGCACAUAUUGCGAAAAAAAAGGAUUGAAGCAGUGCUGAGGAGGAUUCUCCCCCUCUUGAGGCAAUAUACUCGCAUCGUCUUCUCGAAAUUUGGAUUGACUGGGCACAUGCGACUUAUCCCCGUCGCUGCCCCCCAAUAACAGUAACACUAAUACUGUGGUGGCGACCGUCGCUGGCAGGUAAAAAUGGAAGAGCAAGUGCAUAAUAUUUUUAAACAAGAAGAGGACCUGGAGGAGCCAGUCCCCGUGCAAGAGCUCCAACAGUUGGAGGAGGAGACCAGGAUCGCCACCUCCGUCUUCCGACAUGUGGAACAUCAGCAGGCAGUGGAGCAGAUGGCUAGUGUUGCGGCACUCCAUCCAAAGCCGGACCUGCUUCGGGGAACGAAGGAGGAACCAGGACAUUCUCCAGUGUUUUCAGCACUACUUCAGAGAAUUCCAUCCUUACCACACAGUGCGGUGGGUUCAGAAGGGUCUGGAUCUGUACUGCAGUUGCAUUACUCUGGGACUGGGAGCACUGAAGCUGGAGAUGUAGGAGGACGUGGAGAAACUUUAGAAGACCUCUUGACUAUGCCACCUUCCCUUGAUGCGGCCCUCAAGCUCAACAUGUCCUUGCAGCGUAACUACCGAGAGAGCAUUCAAGCCUUGGAGAGGGUCCUGCAGGAUAAUAUCACUAGGCAGGAACAAUUGAAAGAAGAGGUGAGAGAAGCAAGAUAUACUUCAUACACAGCAGAGGAUGACCAAAAGUGGGAUGGCACAGGAAAACCACCAAUGCGCAUCUCACACUUUUGUGUACCAUAUUUUAAAAAUCGUAGUGGAAUGAAUGCUCCAAAGAAUAUUGAUGCAAAAUGGAAAGUGGACAAUGGCUACUUGGACCUCUACACAACUCGCACUAGACCAUGGAUGAUAACUGAGCGAGAGACUCUGGAGAAGGUUGUGUUACAGGAGUGGAAGGAGCAACAAGGCAGAGUAUGGCACUCAAAGUUACGUGAGUUGCAGCGUAAGCAGAGGAACCUUGCCUCCGAUAGUGAUGAUUACUUGGUGAAAGCAUUAGAAAAUGAAAUUGAUCAAUGCAAAAAUUUCAUUGAUUCUCUUAACAAGACUCCUCCUGAAAGCUUCACACCUAAACUUGGAGCCAAAAUGGACUGGGAAAAGAUUGCAGCCCUAGCAUUUGAUGGUCACCGCAGCUCUGAAGAGUGCCAGUUGAUAUGGGAAAAUCUCCUCCACCCAGACAUAAACUGCUCACCUUGGACGGAGGAAGAAGAUCUGACGCUGCAGGAAGCAGUAUUGAACUGCAGGUUCAAAAAACCAGAUUGGGAAGCAAUAGCCAAACUAUUGAAAUCUAAUCGAACGCCUUUCUUGGCAAUGCAGCGCUGGGUGUCUUUUAUAGACCCAACACUACACCCAGCUAGGUGGAAUCCGGAGGCCACGCAGAAGCUAAUCGACACAGUCAAUAUGCUGCGAAUAGGCAACCAUAUCCCUUGGGCACAGGUGCACCAGCACAUGGUAGGAUUCAGCCGAACUCAGGUUCAGAGUCGGUGGAGGCUGAUCAACCCUGAGCAGUCUAAAGGGCCAUUCACAGUUGAAGAAGACUUCAUACUCAUUAAGGGUUUGCACAUGUUUGGGUUAAACUUUGCCAACAUCACUCACUUCAUGCCUGGUCGCUCUGUUGCUCAAGUCCGAGAGAGGUUCAAGCGUACCAUCUUGUCUGGUUUAACCACAAAGCCGUGGACAAGAGCUGAAGAUGAUAUAUUGAUUAGAGAAUGCAAAGUUGGUCCAAAGAACUGGCGUAGGAUGAUCAUGCUACUUCCUCGGCGCAACGCUUGCCAGAUACGGAGCCGAUACCAUACAAUUCAAGUUUGGCAGACUCUCACCGAUAAUAAUAUGGAACCACCACCCUUGUUUCCAGUAAGCAUGACGGUUGAUUCAAACCUGAUCUGGGAAAUCCGCAAGAACAUGAUACUCGAAACCAAUUGUGUCAAGGAGAUGGUUGACAAGAGUCGCAAAGGAAUGAAUGUGAAAAAUGUUGUAAAGGAGUUGGAAAAUCGCCGCCUUGUCAUCCAAGCCCGUAAGGCGAACCGGUCAGUGGAGAGAAUGAAGCGUGCAACAGAAAGGCGGGGACGAAGACCCGGGAUUCCUAACCCUCACUUUGUCAGUUUGCAAGACCUCCUGCUGAUAGAGUUCUUCAUACCUGGAAGAAGUUAUCAAACAGAUUUUUCACAUACUUUUAGCAGUAUCCGUGAGAACCUGAUUCUCCUGUGUAAGUUCUUCCAACUGAGGACGCUGAGAGAGGUGACCCCUUCAGAGAAGGUGGUGGUGACCGUGUUUCAUCUCAAGAGUGAUGACUUGGAUGUGGUCCAAGAGCUCAUUACCAAACACACCCACUCUGAGGAGAUUGAGUAUAGUGCGGAGUGCGAGGCAUGUUUGGCAAGCCGACCAGAAAGUAUCCCACUUAUUCCUGCUAACCAAACCACUCUGGGUGCACUUGCAUCUCUCUUGCAUCACCGACCCAAGUUGAUUGAAAUGGCUACAAGAAAAUUCAUAUUUUACAGGGCAACCAAGAGCGAACUGCUGAGGCUGGGGCCGGAUCCCAAGGUGAAAACACUGCAACGACUCUCCAUGCCACCAGUCAUGCCGUUGGUAGAUAGAGAUCCUCAUACACAAAGACAUGACCCCAGCUCCAUAGCAGACCAGAAUCUCAAGGACCAGGCAGUGAAUGAUGGGAGUAGGUUGCAGUGGGAGGUCCAACCAGAGUGUUUGCCAGGUCCUAGUGGGUGGCAACCCAUGGAGGCAUCAGAAGCGGAGAGCCAAGAUGAGUCUGAUGCUCCUGGCGGCAGGUCUGACACAGAGACAUCCAAGACACAGAUGAUUGCUAGGACUGGUGAACGAAGUCCCCUGAAAAUCCACAUCACCUCUUUGGCAAUGAAUAGUGAGGGGAAGAAAUAUGCUCCAAAGAAGAGAAAAUGUAGCUUAUAUGCAGAGACUCGAGGCCAGACAGUGAUCACAACGUAUCCGCGGGGUAAGGCUAAAACUGGGCGAGUAGUGUCUGGUGAUGAGCCAGCUGUAGCAGCAGUGCUGGACACAAAGCCAACUGGACCAGAAACAUUGGACACAUUGCCGGCUGCAGCAGCCGGUCAUAAUUCAGAGCCUAGCCAGCAAACUGCGCCCUCUUUGACACCUUUGAAAACUGCACAAGGUCAGAGCCAAGAGAAACAACACCAGCCAAGAAGAUUACUGAAAGAUGAAGAAGCACGUGAACACAGUGAAAACUUGUUGUUCCAUAGAAUGUUGUCUAUCUUUUACUAUCCUGCCCUGAUGACCAUUGUCAGACCCCCUUGGGAGCGCAUAUUGCAAACCGAGUGGAUGCUUUCAGAAGGUGAAGGGACGAAAACUAAAACCCAUAAUAAUAAGCCAAAAAAGUCAAUGCUUACCAAAGAUGAAUUGGAUAUUGAGGAGCAAGAGGAAUAUAUACGUCGGCUGGCAGAAGAAGAUAAAAAAUAUCGGGCAUUGAUGAAAUAUCAAAGACGUCUUCGAACGUUGUCUACCAACAGCUCGCCAGAGAGAAAGCCAGACUCUCUAGAAAGUAUGGAAACGGAAAACAUACCGGCAUCCAUUCAUGACAGCUCGAUGGGAAACUUGGCAAAAAAGAGGAAAGAAGCUAAAGAACUGGCAGAUCAUCAGUCUGAGGAAGCACAGGCCUCUUUGGAGGAAGUAGAUGCAACACCUACAGUCUGCCCGAGCAGAGGACGAGGACGAGGACAAGGACGAGGAAGAGGACGAGGAAGAGGAAGAGGAAGUGGAAGUGGACGACCUAAACGUGGGUGUGGACGUCCUUUAGGAAGACCACGUAUACGCCCACUUGAGGUCCCUCCGAGUCCUGAGCUUGUGGCUGAAAACUUGGAAGUACUUUCAAUUCCACCAGGAGAAUACACAGGAGUGUCAACAUUUCGACGCAAGGAAAACCUUAAAAGCUUGCGAAGGUCACUUGUUAUGAAGAAAAUCUGGGAAGGUCGUCGUAAUGGAUCUUUGCCUCCACGUACAAGCAAUAGAGACAAGAGGAACUACAAUCCACGAGGAUCACGUACACGAGACAGAGUACGCAAGGAGCUUAUCAAGCCACCAAAAACUCCAAACCCCUGGGAUCUUCCUCUUGAUGGUCCCAUGAGAGUCCAGCCACAAGUGCCUCUUAACCAAGAGAUACUUCAAGCAAAGUCACAUUCAUUACUUGUCAAACCACAGUCAUCAAGCAAUCAAGCAUCAAGUUCACAUCAAAAUGUGAAGUCUUAAUUCAAAAUAUUUUACUUGACUGAAUAUGUAAACUUAUAUGUACUUGUAUUUUAUCGAGUUGAUGCUGCUAAAAGUUCGUAAAUUUUUAUUACUGAAUUUUAUUAUACGCUGUUACAGUUACAAGUCGAUUGGAAGGGAGCCCUAUUAUAGCCUAACACAAGUAUGUCACCUUCUGUGCUUCAUUUGAGCAGCAAAUGAUCUUAUUGAUAUACAACAUUAAGAUUAUCACUUCUACACAGUCAUUAAAUAUGAAAGAAUACAAGUGGUCUUCAUAUUUUUUAUUGUACUCUUUUUUUUUUAUUCUAAUUUCAACUACUGUAUUACAAAUAUCAGCUUCUUUAUUUUGAUUAGCAAUUCUCAUUUUAUUUAAUUUAUAUAUUUUUCAAAGAUAAAACUUAUAUUUUCAUCAGCCUACUCUUCUUCUAUUUUUGUAUUCUUGCUUUUCAGCAGGACAGCAGACCACCUUAUAAUGUAACAUUAAGAGCAGAAGUUCUGUUAUGUGGAAAUAAAUGCUAUAUUUUGA